AAAUAAAAAAAUAAUUAAAAAUUACUCCAUAACAUAAUAAGAAUGGUAUAUAGUGGCACACAUUGUAUCGUGAGACGGAGAAUCCCAUAUGAUGUUUUCCAUGCUAGAAUGCGGAGGGCAACAGAAUUCGCAAGACUCUCCGUCGCCCACCGCCGCGCAAUAACUUCAUCAUCUCUGCACCAAACGCCACCGCCACUCUCUCUAGCGGCGGACAAAUGCCAAUCGAUGGACCAGCUGAAGCAAAUACAUGCCCAGAUGAUUACCACCGCCCAAAUUCAAGACGCCUUCGCCGCCAGCCGCCUAAUCAACUUCUGCGCUCUCUCCGAUUCCGGAGACCUCAGCUACGCCCUCAAACUGUUCGCCGACAUCCCCGCGCCGAACACGUUCAUUUGGAACACACUGAUCAGAGCUCACGCCAUCAGCUCGAACCCCGCCGCCGGCCUGCUGCUCUACUCCGAAAUGCGGAGGCGAGGCAUCGCGCCGGGUAAACACACGUUCCCUUUCGUUCUCAAAGCUUGCGCGAAUUCAAAACUGGUGAGAUGCGGCGAGCAGAUUCACGGCCACGUGCUGACAUUCGGGCUGGAUUGCGAUUCGCACGUUGCGAAUGCUCUGAUACGAGCGUAUUCAGUGUCUGAGCGGAUCGGCGACGCGCGGAGGGUGUUCGACGAAACGCCUGAGAGAAAUCUGAUCGUUUGGACUACGAUCAUAUGCGGCUACGCCCAGAAUAAUUCCGCCGAGGAAGCGAUCGCGCUGUUCCACGCCAUGGUUUCGGAAGGAUUUGAACCCAGGGGAGUUGUUCUGGCGUCAGUUUUGUCGGCGUGCGCGCAGUCGGCGUGCUGGUCAUUGGGGGAGGAGAUUCACGUGUACAUGGAGGAGAAAAGGGUGGAAAUGAACGUGAUUCUUGGAACUGCGUUGAUCAACAUGUAUGCCAAGAACGGAGCUUUGGUCGAAGCGCGGCGAUUGUUUGAUGGAUUGAGAGAGAGAAACGUGGCGACUUGGAACGCCAUGAUUUGUGGGCUGGCCCUCCACGGCCGAGCCGAUGAAGCCAUCGAUUUGUUCGGAGAAAUGGGGGUGAAGCCUAACGGCAUCACUCUUCUGGGAGUUCUGUGUGCAUGCUGCCAUGCAGGGAUGAUAGAUUUUGGGAGGGAAGUGUUCUACUCCAUGGAGAGGGUGUACGGGGUGAAGUCUAACCUGAAGCACUACGGGUGCAUGGUGGAUCUACUGGGGCGGGGCGGACAGAUUUUGGAGGCGGAGAGUCUCAUCAGAGGGAUGGCGUGGGAGCCGGAUGUGGCGAUUUGGGGGGCGUUGUUGACGGCCUCUAAGAGUUGGGGGAAUAUUGAGGUGGCGGAGAGAGCGGUGAGGGAGAUUCAACGCUUGGAUCCAAGGAAUCAUGGGGUGCAUGUUGUGUUGUCGAAUAUGUAUGCGGAGGUGGGGCGAUGGGAGGAUGUGGUGCGGCGGAGGAAGGGGAUGAAGGAGGAGAGUUUGAAGAAGACGGCCGGCUGGAGCACGGUCGGUGGCCGGGAUUAGAAGACGGCCCACGUUUUGUGAUUCAAACUCGUAUCUAAUGACAUAUUUGUGAUUAUAUUGAUAUUUGCGGUGUUUUGUUAAGUAUAAUAUGACCCAUCCGACAAA